AUGGCUCCACGCAAAGGAAAGCAGAAGGAAGAACAGCCAAUCGUCUCUCUGGGACCGCAAGCCAUCGGCAGCGAAAAUGUUUUUUAUGUGGCUCAUAUAUACGCCAGCUUCAACGACAUCUUCGUUCAUGUUACCGAUCUCUUCGGCAGAGAAACCAUUCCACGAGUGACUGGUGGUAUGAAGGUGAAAGCAGAUCGUGAUGAGGCAUUCCCCUACGCUGCCAUGUUAGCCACUCAGGAUGUGGCUGAGAAGUGCAUGCAAGUGGGCAUCACUGCUCUGCACAUCAAGCUGCGUGCCACAGGGGGAACGCAGCUUGCACGAAUUUGCGCCUCCUGCUGUACGAAUCUGAGUUCCGGUCCAUUGCGUCGAAACUUUGUUCAGUAUACGCACGAGAUUCUGGCUAACAACAUACGUGUCCGCACCCGUGUCGAUUAA